GGGGGUGGGGCAGCUCCUCUGCGGAGAGCGCAGCCUCGGGCCCUUCUCUGAGGAGCUCCAGAGCUCGGAGCCGCCCCUGCCUGCCGCUCUCCCGCCUUGGUGUGGGACGUGGGAGGACUCUGCCACAAGAGACACAUUGAGGAGGAGAGAAGUAUGGCCUCUAGACUUCCGACGACCUGGUCCUGUGAACCUGUGACUUUUGAAGAUGUAACACUGGGUUUUACCAGGGAAGAGUGGGGACUGCUGCACCUCAAACAGAAGUCCCUGUACAGGGAAGUGAUGCUGGAGAACUACAGGAACCUGGUCUCAGUGGAACAUCAGCUUUCCAAGCCAGAUGUGGUAUCUCAGUUAGAGGAGGCAGAAGAAUUCUGGCUGGUGGAGAGAGGAAUUCCUCAAGACACCUUUCCAGAAUAUCCUGGGCUUCAGCUCAACCCUCAGGUGGAUUCUCUUCCUGCUGAGAAUCCCCUGAUGAAUAUUGAGGUUGUUGAGGUCCUUACACUGAACCAGGAGGUGGCUGGUCCCCGGAAUGCCCAGAUAUGGGCUCUCUACGCUGAAGAUGGGGUCCUGAGUCCCGACAUCCUCAGGGAGCCAGGACAACUGGGCAAGCAUCCAGCUGACCCUGAGGCUGCUCGCCAGAGGUUCCGAGAGUUCCGUUAUGAGGACGUGGCGGGUCCCCAAGAGGCCCUGGCCCAGCUUCGUGAGCUGUGUCACCAGUGGCUGGAGCCCGAGGUACGCUCCAAGGAGCAGAUGCUGGAGCUGCUGGUGCUGGAGCAGUUCCUGGGCGCAUUGCCUGGGAAGCUCCGUACAUGGGUGGAAUCGCAGCACCCAAAGGACUGCCAAGAGGUGGUGGCUCUAAUGGAGGAUGUGACUUGGCUGUCUGAAGAGAAAGCAUUGCCCGCCCAGGACCCCGCCUGCUGUCGCGAGGUCCCCGCCCAACAGGAGGAUAUGGCCGUCCAGCCAGAGAUGGUACUGCCUGAGGAGCCAGUGACCUUCCAAGAUGUGGCUGUGGACUUCACCCAGGAGGAGUGGGGGCUGCUGGGCCCAAAACAGAGGACUGAGUACCGCGAUGUGAUGCUGGAGACCUUCGGGCACCUGAUCUCUGUGGGGUGGGAGACUACUCUGGAAAGUAAGCAGUUAAUUCCAAAUUCUGACAUUCCUGAGGAAGAACCAGCCCACAGCCUGAAAGUACAAGAAUCAUCCAGGGAUUGUGCUGCAUCCUGUACCUUGGGAGAUGUCUUGCAGGGUGGGGACUUGGAAGUCCCAGACAAAGUGUUGAAACAAGCGGGUUCCACUCUGGACAAUGUCCUCCCUCAGGAGCCUUGUGAAAAUCCUGAGUCCCAGGCAGACGCUGGUCUUGACACAAGCCAGGUUUCACUCCAGAAAAUUCCUCCUAAAAAACGUUUGCGCAAACGUGGCUCGCAGGUUAAAAACAUGAGACAUAAUUCGCAUGUAAAACUUCAUCAGAAUCGCUGCGAAAGGCAAAAGGCCAGAGAAAGCAGUGGUUGUAGGAAAAUCUUCAGCCGGAGUGUUAAGCAGAUUACAUUUAUAAGAAUUCACAAGGGGAGCCAAGUUUGCAGGUGUAGUGAAUGCGGUAAAAUGUUCCGGAACCCAAGAUACUUUUCUGUGCAUAAAAAAAUCCACACAGGAGAGAGGCCCUAUGUGUGUCAGGACUGUGGGAAAGGGUUUGUUCAAAGCUCCUCCCUUACACAGCAUCAGAGAGUACAUUCUGGAGAGAGACCGUUUGAAUGUCAAGAGUGUGGGAGGACCUUCAAUGAUCGCUCAGCCAUCUCCCAGCACCUGAGGACUCACACUGGCGCCAAGCCCUACCAGUGUCAGGACUGUGGGAAAGCCUUCCGUCAGAGCUCCCACCUCAUCAGGCACCAGAGGACUCACACUGGUGAGCGCCCGUAUGUGUGCCACAAAUGUGGAAAGGCGUUCACCCAGAGCUCACACCUGAUUGGCCACCAGAAAACCCACAGCAGGACAAAGUGGAAGAAGAAACAGCCUACUUUAUAGCCCUCAAGCCAGUUGAAGAGACAGUGCCUUUUCAACUUGAUCCUGCAAUAUAUUGAUAACAUGCCUGGGCCGGUUGGGAAUUGGGACUGAAUGUGAAAGAGAAGCAUUGAGUGGGGACGUUCCCAAGACCAAAGAACAACCAGGGAAAGCACUCGGCAUAUAAUGAGUAAAUAAGGAAAUGAAUGGGGACUUAUUAGUAUAUUGGUUGAGGAGGAAAAAAAGAUUUAAUUUUUUAGUCA